GCCUUGAUUAACCAUAACGUCGUGGUGAUGUAGUUACUUUAUUGUUUUGCUGGAAAUUUCGAGUAUAUGCCUCCUCUCUGGUUCACGUGAAACGCUACGUCAUUCUCAUCUGAAUCUACCUUUCUCGCUGAGACGUCUUCCGUGGCGUUGUUUCAUUCACCUUCUAAAGCUUGUUCUCGGCGCGGGACGCUUGCUCUUCUUUGAGUCGCCUUGACUUAGCUUCCACUCUUUGCCGACUGACAUGGAUACGAUGCGAAGCCUUCUCUCUGCCGCCGUCGAGAGUCAACCAGGAGGACAGUCCCUUCUGGGCUCUAUCAAAAUCGCUGUGCUGCCCAUAGCUAAAGUAUUUACUAUGUGUUUUCUGGGCUUCCUCAUGGCUUCCAAGUAUGUUAACAUUUUGCCUGCUAACGGAAGAAAGCUUCUGAAUGGGCUGGUUUUUUCACUAUUGCUACCCUGCUUGAUAUUUUCUCAACUUGGGCAAGCCGUUACCUUGCAGAAAAUGCUUGAAUGGUGGUUCAUUCCUGUGAACGUUGUUCUGGGUUCCAUAUCAGGCUCGCUGAUUGGUUUAGUUGUGGCCUCAAUUGUCCGUCCUCCAUACCCUUUCUUCAAAUUCACAAUCAUACAAAUCGGAAUUGGGAACAUUGGGAAUGUGCCACUCGUCCUAAUCUCUGCUUUGUGUAGAGGCCAAUCCAAUCCUUUUGGAGACUCAGACAAAUGUAGCACAGAUGGGACUGCGUAUAUAUCAUUUGGCCAGUGGGUUGGUGCUAUCAUCCUAUACACAUAUGUAUUUAAUAUGUUGGCGCCUCCUCCUGAGGGCACCUUUGACAUUGAUCACGAAAGUCUUCCCCUAAAGAGUGCUGCAAAAAGUGACGGCUCACCUGAACAAGUUCCCUUGCUUACUGAGAAAGAGGCCGUUUCAACAGAGCCUAAUGUUUCUAAAACACAGAAGAUUAAACAUUUCCUUGCAAUCCUGUAUGAGAAGUUGAAGCUUAAGCAAAUUCUUCAGCCUCCUAUCAUUGCAUCAAUUCUGGCCAUGGUACUUGGUGCAGUCCCACUUUUCAAGCGAUUGAUCUUUACACCUGAUGCUCCUCUGUUCUUCUUCACUGAUAGUUGCAUGAUUCUGGGGGAGGCCAUGAUUCCUUGCAUCCUGUUGGCAUUAGGAGGCAACCUUGUUGAUGGACCCGGAAGUUCAAAACUUGGUUAUCGGACAACUGCUGCUAUUAUAGUGGGGCGGUUAGUUUUGGUACCUCCUGCUGGACUUGGCAUUGUCAUGUUGGCUGACAAGCUUGGUUUCCUGCCCCCUGGUGAUAAGAUGUUUCGAUUUGUCCUUCUCCUGCAACAUUCCAUGCCCACAUCUGUUCUUGCUGGUGCUGUUGCUAAUUUAAGAGGUUGUGGAAGGGAAGCCGCUGCUAUGCUGUUCUGGGUUCACGUUUUUGCCGUCUUCUCAAUGGCUGGAUGGAUUAUUUUGUAUCUAAACAUUCUUUUCUGAGGCGGCAUUGGUGAGCUUGGUUUCAAAAUUGUUUUGGUAUAUAAUCUCAUGGAUUUUGUCCUUGGUUUAGCUGGGAUUCAUGAUGGCUUCCUCCUGAUUAAUGUGAAACGGAGCAUAUUCUUCAGGAGAUACUGCAAAUUGUUAUUGAACACUCCCUUCCCAGAAGAAAAUGGAUGAAAGGUGAGUAGUAGUGAUUUAAAAAACUCCAUCUAGCUUUAGAAGUUAGACUGUCUUAUUGUUAAUGUAAAGCCUCUGCUGGAGCUGCAGCAUGUUGAGUUAUGCAGCAGCAGUGAAAGGGGACUUAUCUUUAGUGAAGUUCGAAAAGUUGAGUGACUAAUAGACUGAAGUCUGUAAUACUGACUGACUGCUCAAGUUUGUGUAUAGUAACUGAGGAAUAUGAUUUCUUUCCGAAAUCCCAUCCAGGAAAAGAGAAAUAUUAUUACUUUUAUUAUUAAUUUACUG